AUGGCUUCUCCUUCCCCGGAGCGUGCAAGCAGAGGCCGAGGCCAUCGGCAGCAGGGGGUGCCCGCAGCGGGCUGGGCCGUGGUCUCCGAAGCACCUUCUCCCCUUCCAUCUGCUUCAAAGAAGUGGUGCCCCCUUGGCAGAUGCACAGGCCGCCCCCUGAGCCUGGCAGCCGAUUCUACCGGCAGCCGAUUCCAAGGCAGGCUUAACAGGGCAGAUACCAACUUGGGCUGGCAGGUCAGUUACCUCGGUGGGUUCCGGAAUGGUCCUCUGAGCAAGAUGGCAGAAGCGGUGAUGCCCUCCGUGGCCAGGAAUACCCUGCUCAGUGCGCUGGAGGAGAAGCGGCGGCAGCAGAUGAAGAAAUAUCUGCUGCACCGGCUGUUCUUUGUUGCAAUGCUGCAAGAAGAAGCCCGUGAGGGUGAAAUCACAGACUAUCACGAAGAACUUUUCCAGAAGAUUUCACGGUGCCAUUUGGGGGAACCAGCCUCAGGGGUUCUUCUCAUCUAUUCCCAGAGCAUUCUCCAUAUUCUCGAGGCCUCCAGCGGCACCCUCUACCACAUCCUCAAGGACCUGGCACUCUUUGAAAAGCAGGGAGCAGGGGCUUUAUUGCAAGACAUUAAGAUAUUGGUAAUAUCUCAUAACGUUCCCACCAGACUUUUCACACAGUGGUAUGCCACCAAAGUGGACGUGCCUGUAACUUUGGAAGAUGUUACCCAGAGCCAGACAACGGAAGAAGUUAUUUCAGAGUGUCUUACACUCAUUCUCAAGAUGGGCGUGUACUUUGCCACACUCAAGGUGGGCAACAAAGGCCUCAGUGAAUGUCUUCACACUGCUGUGCCAGAGCUGCUGAUCCCAGCAGAAACGAUCCGGUAUCUGUGCAGGAGUCAAGAAUGUUUGAGCCCGUCGGAGUUUCUGGAGAUGUUCAAUGCCCCUUUGCAGCCGAACAUGGACUCAGAAAUAGUAUGGCCUACUCCUACUCAUAUGUCCACGUGAACUCCUACGUAACUCCUGGCAAGCAGCAACCGAGGAACGUGACUGGCAGAGUUGGGUGAGCUUUGGUGUCCGUUUACUCUCUUCACCCACCCAGAGGGAAAACGAAGGAAGCAAUAAAGUUGUUGGGAAGCCUGAACAGUGCCUGGCUGGUGUUACUUCAGACCAGGGCUGCGGAUCGGUGGCUCUCCGGAAGUUGCUCCACUCCAGGUCUGGGCCCUGACCCUGCACGACUAACAGUAUUCAGGGAGGGAAGAAGUUAGGGGUAAAGCUCUACUCUGUGGUCUCCACAUCCUAGCAUCUUCCAAGUUCUUGCCAAGCUACUUGCUUGAAUUUAGCCCUUUUUCUUUCUGGGGUGACCCCGC